AUGAUUGAUCUUCGUAAACGUGUUUUUUCUAUGCUUGGACAAAAAGGUAAUUUAAAAAAUAUUGAUGUAGUAAAACAUUUUGUGCUAGAAGGUUUUAAAAGAUCAACAGUUUAUGAUGCAAUAAAAUGUUGCGAAAUUGGUCUACCAGUUGAAGAUCGUCCGAGAAGUGGUUGUCCAACAUCUUUUAAUAAAACAGACCUGAAGCGUUUACAAAAUGAAGUUGAAAAUCGUGUUGGUUUUUCUUAUAUAAAACAUACAAAACUUAAAUGUAAAAAAAAUAAUUAG